AUGAGGGUGGAAAGAAACGAAAGAAAGGUUGAAUUUGGAGGUGGAACAGAAUUAAGAGAGAGAAUCGUGAGUCAUCAUGGCAUUGAAAUGAAAUUAUUUCUUCGGUCUGUUCGACAAGUCGCCUUAAAAUAUUCUUUUGAGGGUAAUAAGGAAAGUUGGCAACAUCGCAAGAUUUAUGCUCAGCGUGCAAUUGAAUCACAUUUAGAGUUGAUAUGUACAUCAAAUGAUUCCUGUUGCAUUUAUCCAUUUGGAGACAAGCGCAAAGCAAGUUUUCAUUCGCCAUAUGCUCCGCAAAAGUUCUUGCGUUCUGCAUCUUUGGCUUGUAACAAUCAUCAAUUCGAAAUUUUGAAGAAGAAAGAAGAAAAUCAAGAAAGUUCACUUCGUAAGGCUCUGAAGGCUUAA